AUGUCACCACUACCCCUCCAGUCCCAACGCCCUCACUCUUGGACGCAUUCCCAACAAGAAAGACUUCAGGGUCAACGGCAAUCCCUCAACUUGGGAACGUCUAAUAUGGCACAGUUAGGAUUCCCAAUCCUCCCCAUUCUCCUGGGUUUGACCUGGCCUCAGUUGGGAGCUGCCCAAGUUGCAAAUGAUUAUGGCCAUUGCUAUCAGAUCAAUCCCGGUACCAUUGCAGGAGUCGUGCUGGGAGAUUUGUUCCUGACUUUGCUCAUUGCUCUUGGAGUCUACUACGUGGUCAGCUGUAUCUAUAAACAGCAAGCAACCAGCAGUGACAAGGCUCAGCAUGAAUCUCCCUAUGAGGAACUUCAAGGUCAGCGAAUGGAUAUAUACAGUGACUUGAAAAAUCCAGCUUCCCGAAUUUCUUACAGAUAAUCUUCCUCCACUUCCUUGACCUUCUAAUAUGAAAUAAGAAAUUCUGAGAUUGAAGUCAUUUUCAACAGCUCCAACUGUUGUGUGCAAGCUUUCCACUGUCAAGUUCUACCUGACUGUUUUCCUUAUAUAACAUCUUGCACUUCGAUCAAAAUUUAUUCUAUUUUCAAAACUGUCUGUUUCCCCCACUACCCAUACUUGCUACUCGUUUAAUAAGUGUGUCACCUAAGGAUGCUUGGGCAAUCGAGGUGGCUUAUAAAUUGAAUAAAUAAAUAAAUAAACAUAGACCCAUUUAGGACAGUAUUACAUGAAUUCAUUCCACUCAUUGGUGGUCACACCAUUGAAAGUGUUCUUCAGGAAGUGUGAACUCCCUGUUCUCCAAACAGAGACAUUAUUUCUGCCCAGAUAGAGGAGAUGAACGGCAUAAAAAUGUAAUCAAUAAAUAA